GGACUAAGCUAGAAAUUAUAGUGAUUUUUCUGCGAAGUGGUGCAGCCGGGGAUACGUGCACCGGGGUUGGGGUGGGAUGAAGAGGGGCUUUUUAUUGACUCAGAAACGCACUUUUUCCAAAUUUGUUCUCCUAAAAGCCUAGACCUUCCCAAGCAGGAGUAGACAAGCUCCUCCAGCACACUCAGCCUGCAUUACCUCAUUUCCUCGGGUUUUUUUGAUAGGAGUCGUUUUCUUCAUCCUUUGUACACAGUCCCCGCAUAGGAGGUGAACUUCAGGAUAAUCAGGGCAGUUGCUACCAAGAGAUAUUUAAAAAACACUUAAAAGCUCUUUCUUGCCUCCGAGGGGGGAAUCACAGUAGUGCUUUUUCCUACAGUUGGGCCAAUGUGUUCGACCUAGCGGGUCCUGAGAUGCAGGCAAAAAGGUGUGAAGGGUUAGGCUUUGUUUUUGUUGUUCCCCAAAAUGCAAGGAACAGCAACAAAAAGUACAGCAAUCCAAACCCAUCUCCUGUCCGCGUCACUGGAGCACUUCCCUGUGGUGGGGACUAUCAGGGCGCUGCGCAGGCGCGGGGCGGCGGCUGGCAGAGGGCGUGGCCGCCGUGUCCAUUUUGCAGCGAAGCUGCGGGCUCUAGUCUGUGGAGCAUUCUCUAGUUUUACAGUCAAAACGUGGGGGGGAAAACAAAAAUCGGGUUUUCCCAGAGAAAUAUUAACCUCACCGAAAGCACCUGCUUGCCGGGGACAGAGGAUGUGAUGGAGCUGCUUGAAGAAGAUCUCACAUGCCCAAUUUGUUGCAGUUUGUUUGAUGAUCCCCGAGUUUUGCCCUGCUCACACAACUUCUGCAAAAAAUGUUUAGAAGGGCUCUUAGAGGGGAAUGUGCGGAAUUCAUUGUGGAGACCAUCUCCUUUCAAGUGUCCUACCUGUCGUAAGGAAACUUCAGCAACUGGAGUUAAUAGUCUGCAAGUUAAUUACUCCCUAAAGGGUAUUGUGGAGAAAUACAACAAAAUCAAGAUUUCUCCCAAAAUGCCAGUGUGCAAAGGACACUUGGGACAGCCUCUCAACAUAUUCUGUGUAACUGAUAUGCAGCUGAUUUGUGGGAUCUGUGCUACUUGUGGUGAUCACACUAAGCAUGUCUUCUCUUCUAUUGAAGAUGCCUAUGCUCAGGAAAGGGAUGCCUUUGAAUCCCUCUUUCAGAGUUUUGAGACUUGGCGCCGGGGAGAUGCUCUUUCCCGCUUGGACACUUUGGAAACAAACAAAAGGAAAUCCCUACAGUUGCUCACUAAAGAUUCAGAUAAAGUAAAGGAGUUUUUUGAGAAGUUACAACACACAUUAGAUCAAAAGAAGAAUGAAAUCCUAUCUGAUUUUGAGACUAUGAAGCUUUCAGUUAUGCAAGCCUAUGACCCAGAGAUCAACAAACUCAACACUAUUUUACAGGAGCAACGGAUGGCCUUUAACAUUGCCGAGGCUUUCAAAGACGUGUCAGAACCUAUUAUAUUUCUGCAACAGAUGCAGGAGUUCAGGGAGAAAAUCAAAGUAAUCAAGGAAACUCCUUUGCCACCCUCUAAUUUGCCCACAAGCCCUUUAAUGAAGAACUUUGAUACCAGUCAGUGGGAGGACAUUAAACUAGUCGAUGUGGAUAAGCUUUCUUUGCCUCAAGACACAAGCGUGUUCAUUAGCAAGAUUCCCUGGCGCUCCUACCAGUUGUUGAUGGUGGUUGUUCUGCUGGGUCUCCUCAUAUUCUUUGGACCUACCAUGCUUCUGGAGUGGUCUCCAUUCGAUGAGUUGGCAGCUUGGAAAGACUAUCUUUCAAGUGUCAGUUCUUACCUGACUAAAUCGGCUGAUUUUGUAGAGCAGUCUGUUUUUUUCUGGGAACAGAUGACAGAUGGGUUUUUCAUUUUUAGUGAAAGAGUCAAAAAUUUUAGUUUGGUGGCACUGAACACUGUUGCAGAAUUUGUGUGCAAAUAUAAACUACUAUAAAAUCUUUCAACUA